AUUUGCCUGUUGCCGCUCAAAAGAACAAGUCGUCUAGAUCAAAGCAUUCAAAACCGUAAUUCAUAAUAAGCCGAAUCGACGAUCUACCAAACUACGACUUCAUAGUGUACCGUACUAAUCAGUUAAUCGCGUCAUCGCAAUAGACAACGGUUUCUUAUUGUUACGAUAGUUUUAAUUGUAAAAUCAUUGAAAAUGUCCAAAGUUUGCGUUUUGUGUUUGAAACCAGUGCUCAAAUAUUCCAUUCCCAAAAUGUCAUUACACGUAUUUCCAUCGUGUCCGAAAAAACGGCAGAUUUGGCUCAACCAGUGUAGAUUAUCCCAUAAAGACAUUUUACCAAACCGCAAGAUAUGUUCUUUACACUUUAAGCCAACAUGUUUCAAGUCUGGUUUAAAGAGGCGUGUACUUUAUCCUGAUGCGAUACCAACAAUUUUUGGAAAUGGCAUUGUUAAAACAACAAAGCUGCCAUUAAAAAAUGUGAAAGGAAGAUCAAAAAAUUGCACUAAGAAAGGGAUUGUCGUUCAGAACCGUAAGUCACGUGAUAUUUCGUCAGUUAAAGCUGCUAAUACAGUGGUUAAUGGUCAAAAUCGUCAGUCUUGUGCUGUUACACCAAGAGUAGUCACUCAUGCAGAUUUUGAUCGUAUAAAUAGCAUUUUAGAAAAUCAAAUUGCUGAGCUUAAUGGACUAGAAGGUGUUCUCACAGAGUUAAAUAAAGAAAAGUUAUCACUUGGGAAAUUAUUGGAACUUCUUGUAAGGAACCAAAUUUCAUUGGGUAACUAAAAAUAUGUUCUACAGCCUACAGUUAAAGCACAUUAAAUAAUCYAUAUUUAUAUUCUUUAAUUUUAUUUUAAUCUUAUUAUUUUUUUUUUUGUGAUCAAUAUUGUUCAA